AUGGGUUUGCCUUGGUAUCGUGUUCAUACUGUCGUAUUGAAUGAUCCUGGUCGAUUACUUUCGGUCCAUAUAAUGCAUACAGCCCUAGUUGCUGGUUGGGCCGGUUCGAUGGCUUUAUACGAAUUAGCGGUUUUUGAUCCCUCUGACCCCGCUCUCGAUCCAAUGUGGAGACAAGGUAUGUUCGUUAUACCCUUCAUGACUCGUUUAGGAAUAACCAAUUCGUGGGGUGGUUGGAGUAUUUCAGGGGGAACUAUAACGAAUCCAGGUAUUUGGAGUUAUGAAGGUGUGGCAGGGGCACAUAUUGUGUUUUCUGGUUUGUGCUUCUUGGCAGCUAUCUGGCAUUGGGUGUAUUGGGACCUAGAAAUAUUCUGCGAUGAACGUACGGGCAAACCCUCUUUGGAUUUGCCUAAGAUCUUUGGAAUUCAUUUAUUUCUCUCAGGAUUGGCUUGCUUUGGUUUUGGCGCAUUUCAUGUAACAGGUUUGUAUGGUCCUGGAAUAUGGGUGUCCGAUCCUUAUGGACUAACCGGAAAAGUACAACCUGUAAGUCCUGCAUGGGGCGCGGAAGGCUUUGAUCCUUUUGUUCCCGGAGGAAUUGCCUCUCAUCAUAUUGCAGCGGGUACAUUGGGCAUAUUAGCGGGUUUAUUCCAUCUUAGUGUCCGUCCGCCUCAACGUCUAUACAAAGGAUUGCGUAUGGGCAAUAUUGAAACUGUACUUUCCAGUAGUAUCGCUGCUGUUUUUUUUGCAGCUUUCGUUGUUGCUGGAACUAUGUGGUAUGGUUCAGCAACAACUCCAAUCGAAUUAUUUGGUCCCACUCGUUAUCAGUGGGAUCAAGGAUACUUUCAGCAAGAAAUAUACCGAAGAGUUAGCGCCGGACUAGACGAAAAUCUAAGUUUAUCGGAAGCUUGGUCUAAAAUUCCCGAAAAAUUAGCUUUUUAUGAUUACAUUGGUAAUAAUCCGGCAAAAGGGGGAUUAUUCAGAGCAGGGUCAAUGGAUAACGGGGAUGGAAUAGCUGUUGGAUGGUUAGGGCACCCUGUCUUUAGAGAUAAAGAAGGGCGCGAGCUUUUUGUACGUCGUAUGCCUACUUUUUUUGAAACAUUUCCGGUGGUUUUGGUGGAUGGAGACGGAAUUGUGAGAGCCGAUGUUCCUUUUAGGAGAGCAGAAUCAAAGUAUAGUGUUGAACAAGUAGGUGUAACUGUUGAGUUCUAUGGUGGCGAACUCAAUGGAGUCAGUUAUAGUGAUCCUGUGACUGUUAAAAAAUAUGCUAGACGUGCCCAAUUAGGUGAAAUUUUUGAAUUAGAUCGGGCUACUUUGAAAUCUGAUGGCGUUUUUCGUAGCAGUCCAAGGGGUUGGUUCACUUUUGGUCAUGCUACGUUUGCUUUGCUCUUCUUUUUCGGACACAUUUGGCAUGGCGCUAGAACCUUGUUCAGAGAUGUUUUUGCUGGUAUUGAUCCAGAUUUGGAUGUUCAAGUGGAAUUUGGAGCAUUCCAAAAAAUAGGAGAUCCAACUACGAGGAGACAAGUAGUCUGA